CGCGCUUCGUUGCACAGGUGUAAUUACUUCAUUUUGACAUUGCUCCAUAAUCUGAAUUGUCUAAUUGGAGCUGCAGGUCGCAAAUACUCCAUUCAAUUGAAUCAACUUUGACAACUGUUGGUUGAAAAUAUUUUGUGGAUUAAAAUUUUCUGCAUCUUUGCACCGGUGGUAUGGCCGAAAGCGGGGAACUUGGUGAUCCCUCCAAUGGGUAUGAGAAAGAAGGACAUGUGCUCAGCGACGAUUUGGAUACUGGAACGCACAUACUGAUAGGUGCUCGACACAUCCAGGAUGAGUCUCCCCAAAAUAAUGAAAACGAAAGUGAUCUGACUCACGAGAUGCCAGGCAGCACGGAAAGCCCAGACUUGUCAAACAUGGAACAACAAGAUGAUAAUAGCGGUAACCCAAUACCAGCGGAAUCGCCAAAAGAUAGUGAGACGGAGAACUUACGGCAAUAUUCUGUAACAACGGGAAUGCCCCCCACUGAGGAAGAUGUAGAUAGUCGUGGGGAAGUGGCGCCAAAUAGAGAGGAACCUGAGGAAAUCGCUCUUGAGAACAGUAGUGCAUACAACUAUGAGUCUCCGGCAAGCCAAAGUUUUAACGUAGGUUUAAUAUCGACAGGUGAUAUAACCGCCAAUCCAGAAGCGGGGCACUCACAAACUGACCUGCUUAGGACAGAAUCACAACAGCCUGUGACGGACACGAAUUUAAUGACAACCACAGACAAUGCUGUCAUAAGUGAACAGGCAUCUGCUUAUCCCCUGCCUACGGAAGAAAAGAGUCGGGUCAGCUUCAGAGCACACUCGGGGUCAGAAGACUCCAUCGAUACGAAACUUACAGAUACGGGGGUUAGUAUUACAUUUCCGGAAUCCUCGUUUACGACAACUUACGAGUUAAAUGUGGCUUCGGAGUCGUUUGCAGCAGAAGAGGACCAAAGUGGGCUUAAAAUAGUUGAUGAUAACGCCGACGGAUCUGAGGGCGUCGAUGCUGCACAAACACGGGAUGAAGCAAAUUCGACAACAACUACAUCACAGUUCACUAAGGACGUAGUUCAGGGCGACGACGGAGAGGAUGAUCAGUCCGAUGAAGCAAAUAGGGCUAACUACAACACUGCCGUUUCAGUAAACACCGCCACUCAGGAAACAAAUGAGGGGGAGCAAGUUUACGGCGGCGAUCGGUUACAGGAAAGUCCCAAUGAUAGUACAUCAGUGUCGAUAUUUGAAAAUUCCCCCGAAGAGACCGUUGUCGAAAUUAGUGAGCACACUACUCCUGAAGCUUUUACUGACGGGCGUGUCUCCAGUGAUUUUCAGCAACUUGAAACCGAAACGCCAUUUGUACCGGAACAAGCAGUUGAUAGUUCUGUUGAAAUGGUCAGCAAAUUAAAUGAGGUUCCCAAAGCCUUGCCAGCAGAAGCACAGGAAUUGCAGACAAAUAAUCAGGAACGGGAUCCAGUAGAGGCUCAAGAUACAGAUGAAAAAAACUCAACAGUAAUGGAACCAGAUUUAGUCCCUGAGGGUGGCAGCGAGGUCAACCUAGACAACGCCCCAGAACUCGGUGAAAUCGCUGCGGAUGCACUCACUAUGAACCCUGAUUUGGCAAAUCUUCAGUCUGAGAAUGAAAUAAACUUAACCGAACAGAAUUUUGGCGAAAUGCAUGCAGCGCCUGAUUUCGAGCACGGAGUGGAACGUGAAGAAACGUUUGUGGAUGAGAGUCAAACACUAAUACACAUCAUUUCCGAGUCUGACAGUGAACAGCUUGAACAAGAACCUACAGAACCAAUUUCAGCAGAUUCAAUAAUAAGAAACUGUGCAACUGAAUAUUUUUCAAAAGACAUUACAGCCGAUGUUUUGGAGCUAACUGGAGAACCACACACCGAACGAAUACAAGAAAGUGUCGUGCAAGAUUAUGAUACACACUGUGCGCAAAUGUCAGAAGUGACUGUAUCAUCUUAUGUACAAGACAGUGAAAAGAAAUCUGAAAAAUGGGAUACCAACCGAGUAUCUGAUAUCGAGGACGACGAGGUAAUUUUUGAAUCUGCAACCAAUCGAGUGCAAGACGGGAUAAGUGAGGAAAUGUACUCGUUCGAACAAAGCAAACCUGAAACAACACCCGAUCAGUCAAGCCCAGAAUAUCUGAAUAAAAACUUUGGAGUACUGGAAUCUGAUGACAACUUCACAGGAACAGAAGCUGAAGCACCUACUGAGCGUCAUUCUGAGAUACUUCGUGAAAGCUCUGUUCAGCUGGAAGAGAUUUCCGAAAUGACGUUGCCUUGCCCAGUUCAACUUUCCAUCGAGGAACCAGAUCACUUAUACAACAUCUCGGUUCCCAAUAGCAGAGAUGAAUUAUCCGUUGAGCCUAAAAUCCACGAGGAUCAAGGAGAAACAAGUGAUAUUGAUGAAUGGCAACCGAUCGAAAAGGAUGUAUCUACUGAACUACCCAGUCAAGAUGUGUGUACGGAACCAACUAAUGGAAAGGAAACAUCUGCAUUGCCUGAACCCAUCCGUGAUAAUAAAGUAGUAGCAAAGGAUUUACAUGGAGAGGUAAAUCUUGAAGGAAUUAUCCCCAAACAUAUUCGCCUUUCUGAAAAAUCUUUGAAUGGUGCAUCUGCUGUUGUGAAGAGCAUACCAGGGCUACACGAUAGUCGCAUUUCUGACUCAAAUGAUUGGGACGCAAGUUCUAGCCUAUUUGAGGCACACGAAGUCGGCCACCGAACUGUGACACAAGAAUUUGCGUUACGGAAAGAGAUGGAAGUGGAUAGAAGUGUUCAAGGGGAAAACAAAAUAAGGAAAAUAUAUACUGAUAUCAGCGAUGCAGCUUUGACAACGGGCUUGAAUGGGUAUGCAUCCAGUUUUGGGGAAGAAGCAAAUAAAGAAAACCUCCUGAAGGAACAUCAAUCACGUGAACUUGAUAAGCGACCGCUCCUUGAACGUCAACAACGCAGCAGGACUCUUGAUCCCCGCAUCAUGAGUGAUUGGGCUGCCGGGUACAGCGAUUCCAAACGGCGUGCUGCAACGCUCGGUAGAAAUGGAUCUCGGAAACGACCUAGACUGCAGCCCAAGCCAGCCCCAAACGACGACUAUCUAUUUCCCGAUUCCGUUACUCCUUCCAAGGUGGACAAGCACUUGAGUACGCGAAGUUUAUCCGAAGGGUUACCCGAGGGAACAUAUGAUGUUCCGUAUAUUGAUGAUGAUGCAUUCCUUCCGAGGCAGCUUCGUGAUCCGGCUAAUCAAAACGGCAAUAUCGAUGACGAUAGUGAGUACAGCUCUGAUGGGGCUGCUUGGUACUGGCAACCUCCAAACUAUUAUCAGAUCCAUCUGGAUCCGAACCACAUCGCAGACACGAAUGAGUGCGCCACAACCCCAAGAUUCAUGCACCCAGCAAAAAGCUCGCCAUGUGCGGAGGAUGAUCGAAAGUUGAUUGAUGCAAAGGAGCCUAAAAAGGGACGCAAGAAAAAUCGCUUGUUUGGAUUGUGUAGUUGUGUUAGCCGUCAAAACAAAAGCUGACACAAAAAUUCACCACAUAAUUUUUCAGUGCCUUUGUCAACCAGCUGUGCAAUUGAAUUUUGCAGAUGUAGAUACGCACAUGAUAUAGCUUGCUUGUUGGACAUGUUCGCAUAAUUGCACAUCACCUGCCAUUCAAAUGUUACUAUCUAUAUUAUGAUUUUCGAAUUUGCCAUGAUUUGGUGCAAAAAAAGUGGACUUUGCAGCCAGAAUCUUGAAUUUCAGAUCAAUAUUUCGCUAGCAUCGCCGUCCCAAAUUAGAUAAGAGCUUCAAGAACGGUGUUUCACACAGAUCACUAAGCUUUGUCAAACUCGGUAUGACAGGUGCUAUAAUUUUUAUACUGUUAUUUGCUGCAAAAGCUCCAAUUUCAUUUUGGACAACCAUUAUUUCGCAUUUAUUUCGUCACGUUACUGUUUCGUUUCUCUUUAUUCAGAUGGGUUUUUCUUCGCCUGGAAGAUUUCCAGCGUAUUUUUGUAACCCAUCUAUUUGUUGGAGCAUAGCUGUGCAACCUACCUGUGUGGAUUGUAACUAUAUAAAAAUGGACUAAGUUGGUGUUCUGCAACUAAGUUUUACAUCUGCUUAGGAAAUAAUAAAGCAGUCGACUGUAUAAGCGGGAG